UGGCAUGGGACCCUCGUGAAGCUGCUGCGGAGUCUGUAUGCACUAGCACUCCCUAAGACCUCCAAGGAACUGCAGUCAGUGGAGCAGGAAGUCCGCUGGCGAAUGCGAAGGCUCAACUACAAGCACCUGGCUUUCCUGGCUGAGUCCAGCACCACCUAUAUGCAGGAGCGGAACUCCCGAGAGCUGCUGGCUGAGCUGCUUGUGCAUCUAGAGAGGCGCUGGGCUGAAAUUGAAGAUGGGCGCACAGUGGUGGCCAUCAUGAUGAAAACGGGCCACCUCUCAGAGCCUCUGAUGAACCGUCUGGAAGACAAGUGCCUGGAGCUGGUGGAACAGUUUGGCCCAGAUGAUCUUCGGAAGGUGCUCUUGACGCUGGCAGCACAGAAUCGUCGAUCAGUGCCCUUGCUACGGGCCAUCUCCUAUCACCUAGUCCAGAAGCCCUUCACCUUGACUAAAGGCACUCUCAUGGAUCUAGCCUAUGCCUAUGGCAAACUCAACUUUCAUCAGACCCAGGUAUUCCAGAGACUGGCGGCAGAUCUGCUGUCCCAUGUUCCUACCAUGACACCCAAUGAGGUGGCCCACUGUGCCAAAUCCUUGGCUCUCCUUAAGUGGCUUAACGUGCCCCUGUUUGAAGCCUUUGCCCAGCACAUCCUGAAUAAAGCCCAGGACAUCACCCUGUUGAAUCUGUGCAAUGUGAUCCUGGCGUUUGCCCAUCUGAACUUCCGACCAGAACAGGAAGAUCGGUUCUUCAGU